UUAAACACACAGGGCCUCCUCUCAGCAUUGGCGUCACCAUGGUAACCAUGUUCCUGUUGGUCCUGCUCUCAGCUUUUUCUCCUCCAGUCCACAGCCGUCUCUCUACGUUCCAUUACAUUCCGAGUAAGAUGACUCAGACUGCGGCUCGGGCAGCUUGCAGAGAAAAAUACACCGACCUCGUCACUGUGUACUCUUAUGAAGACAACACUGACCUGUAUAAUAUGACGGAGAAGGCUGGUAUCAGAAGCGGCUGGAUCGGACUCUAUCGCAGUAACUUCAGUGAGAAAUGGUCUAAUGGUGAUCCUGUAACAUUCAGAAAUCUGGCAGGGGAUUGUGGGACAUCGAGCUGCUGUGCUGCUAUGAAGACUGAUGGUGCAUGGGAAAGUCUUCAGUGCAACAUUACACGACAUUUCAUGUGCUAUGAACGAGACACUUCUUCACAGACUCCCAAUUAUCAUCUAAUCCUUGAGAAUAAGACCUGGUCUGGUGCUCAGCGUUACUGCAGGGGGAAAUACACUGACCUGGUCAGUAUCAGAGAUCAGCAGCAGAAUGAAGAGGUGAAGAUUAAAGGGUUAAACAGCAAGAAUCCCUUCUGGAUCGGCCUGCUGUGUGAUGACUGGCAGUGGACCGAUGGAGGAAACUCCACCUACAGAAACUGGGGGAGUGGCCAACCUCGGCCAUCAUCAAGUGACUGUGUGGUACUGAAAGGAGGGAAAUGGGAAUCACAUUCAUGUGAUCAUCGUCACUACCCUCUGUGCUACUACACUUCCAUCCAUGUGAGUGAUGAGGCUCUGAGCUGGGAGGAAGCGCUGGAUUACUGUCGUGAAGGGAACAGGGCUAGAUUUCUGAGCAUCGAUUCUGAAUCUGAACAGAGAGAGGUGGAGUCUGAGCUCAGGAGGAGGCGUGUCUCUGAGCCGGUGUGGGUGGGGCUUAGACAGAGCCGACUCUUUGGGUUCUGGAUCUGGGCCGAUUGGAAGGCCGUGUUUCCGUACUCCUACUGGGAUGAAGGGAAACAGCCCGAGCAUCAUCUCUCUCAGCACUGCGGCGCCGUCGAUCCACGGAGCGACUUCAGAUGGAGAGAUAUGAACUGUCAGUCUCGGUAUAAAGCUCUGUGUCUCAUCAAAUGCUCUCCAUAGGGGUGCUCCCAUCAGGAUCACGAUUGGCCGAUCAUAAUAAUACCACAGAUGUUGCCUUGGUUAUAUUAUUUACAGUAAAAUACACGGCAAACGGCAAAUUUUUCAUUGUUUCUCAAGACCUCGUAAUAACCCCACGCUGGUGAUCAUGUGACUGCGGUGCUAACGUUUAACGUCAUCAUGUGUUUUACCUCAUCGAGCUGUGAUCGGUUCCUGACAUUUAGAGACUAGUGAUCGAGUCAUAGAAUGUGAUUAUUGGCAGCCGAUCGAUCGGAGCAUCCCUAGAUCUCCAUCUCACACACACACACACACACACACACACACACACACACACACACACACACAUUAAUGGUUCUUUGGAUAUGGGUUCUUUGCUUUCUAAAGGUGUUUUAUUUUGAAUUCUUUCUGAAAGGGAAAUCCCUCUGUUGUAUGGUUCUAAACAGGAACUUUAACGGUUCCCCUCCUAACGACAGCCAAGAACCCUUAAGAGUUCUAGAGCGCUGACCAUUUAAUACUGAACUAACUGCCUGUUCUCUCUCUCUCUCUCGGUUUAUGAAGGUGUGAAUGGUUUAUUAAUAGAUAAUGUUAAGUGUUACUGCAGGUUAAUUUCCCGUUGUUGUUUCAGAUGGAGCUGCGGUGGUUUGGGGGUUUGGGGGUUCGGUUUAGACCGAGUGUAGCACGUCGAUUCAAUUAUUUACUGAUAUUUUAUCCUUUUAAAGUUUCAUGUCCAUUUCAUCUGAAUGAAAGUGGAUGUAUUGAAUAAGUUUUUUCAGUACUGUUGCACAUGUCAUUUAUCUGUUAAUCAGAAUAAAAGGUU